UGCGAUCCUCGGAAUUCUACGAACUACACCAAUUUCAAUAUAACGGCGUUAAAUUGUAAUGAUGGCAAUGCCAUUAAUAUUACUCAUUCUAACGGCAGUCUCUGCGGCAUUGGCAACAAAUUACUGCGAUCCGAAGCUGUGCGGUCGGACAAAGCAUAUUGCUUGCGGCAACUACGGCGCUUUUGCGGCGCGCUGUAUAGAUCCCGAAGUGGUGAGUUUCACAAAAAGACAAAGGGAUUUGAUCGUACGCGCACACAAUAAGGUGCGCAAUCGCGUCGCUGGUGGCACGUCUGCUCUGCAGCCGGCCUGUCGCAUGGCCACCAUGCAGUGGGACGACGAAUUGGCCGCACUGGCGGUGUUCAAUGUCAAACAGUGCAAGGGCAGCCACGACUGCCACAAUACGGCGACCUUCAAGUAUUCCGGUCAAAAUUUAGCAUGGAUGACCUACAAUGAUUCACCCAAUACAACGGAAAUGUCAUUGAAGUCAGUGGAUAUGUGGUAUGAUGAGAGUAAGAAUACCAAAAUGGAAUAUAUAAAUAAGUAUCCGAGUAAUUAUCGAGGCCCCACUAUUGGCCAUUUCACCGUUAUGGUGGCGGAUCGUAAUAUUCGCGUAGGCUGUGCUGCUUCCACAUACAUGGACCCGGAUGAGUCACAAUAUGCCUUCCUAUUCGCCUGUAAUUAUGCAAGCACGAAUUUGGUCGGCACACCGACGUAUAAGAGUUGCACCAGUGCUGCUUCACUCUGCGAGACUGGCCGAAAUCGGCGUUACCGUAACCUUUGCUCGCCCUCGGAAAAAUAUGAGGCUUGGCAUUAGUCAACGAAAUGUUAAUAUAUACAUAUGGAAUUAUUGUAACAUUUUAAAUAAAAU